AUGCAGAGCACGCUCGUCCUCUCGUGUGCCACGCAGGCCGACAUCAUCCCCGCCGACAAGAGGAGACCUGGCAAGCAGCCCCCAGAUGAGACGCAGGAAGUGCAGGACGACCUCAUCCCGCUGAUGCCAGCAGCACCCGAGGUCGCCACCAACCACAAGAGGUGGCGCGACCCUCCAGAAGAUCCUCGACAGCUGGGAGAGUACCGCAAGGCGCUCUCAUCCACCAUGGAAUCCCUGGAGAGGCGGAUCCUCUGCGCGGACGCGCUCAACCUUGACCAGCAGCAGAUCACUGACCUUCAAGGAGAGUGCGCCGUAGUCUUAUACCAGCUCAUGCACAGUCGGUCACCACAAGCACGUGUGACCAAGCAGCGGCUCUUUGUCAACAGAUGCCGCAAGCGCCUGACAGAUGCCACAGCCAAGUUGAACCUCCUAUACGAGCAGGUUCAACCGCCUGGAGAGGCCACCUCUGCCGCAUCGAAUGACAUCUCCGUGCCCGCCACGCUUGCAGCGCUCCAGCAGAGCAACGCGCAACUGCUCGCCAACAUGGAGAACUUUCAGACAAUAGUGACCACGCUGCAGACCGAGAUCAGCACACUCCGCUUGGAGAAGUAG